AAAAAAACUCGAUUGGCGACGUUUCUGCGUUGAGUCUUCAUUCGAUGGAGAAGAAAUUCUUCUGCAGGAUGUUCAAUCUCUAAAACCGAGAAAAGUCUCUUAGCGAUAAGAACCAAAAAGAAGCUUACUGGAAAAAUGAUAAAACCAGUAAAAGCAAAGAGCGUUUUUGUUCGUGCACUGGGUCGAGGACACGUCGACGUUAUAUUAAUCGAUCUGAACGAGAGUCAACAUGGCCAGCUGCGGAGUUAAACGCCCAGUGAUUCGACCCCUCUGCCCGUAUAUAAAACAUGAUUGCACAUUUGAUCCCGCAAAAGAAAUUGGAAAGUUGGUCGUUCGUCACACGAAGUGCCAUGGCGCGAGAGCACUUGGCCUUAAACCGGCCGUCGAUUUUCGCGUUCCUCGUUAUCGCAAGCGUUGCAAUAAUUGACGUUUCUGCAAGAGCGCCACAACGUUUGAUCGACGGAUCAGACGCAGCCCCUGGAGAGAUAGUUUUCCAAGCGUCUCUGAGAUUGAACGGGAGACAUCACUGUGGCGGCGCCAUCGUGAGCACGAGACACAUUUUAACAGCAGCGCAUUGUCUCUACGAAGUGGAAGUUCCUUACGAUGCGUUAACAGUCGUUACUGGAUCGAACAAUCUUGAGAAAGGUGGCGAAGUGUUCAAAGUCGAUGACAUCGACAUUCACGAGAAUUAUACGAGCAACCCCGACGGCUCGUACGCCCACGACAUUGCGAUGAUAACGCUCGUCGGUGACAUGGACGUGAACACUUACCAGGCCCCGGUCGUUUUACCUGAGAGCGACGCGGUCGACCACGUGGUGGGUACAGUCAGCGGAUGGGGCAUGGGCUACGAUGAUUUUCCAGACGGCGAUUAUUCCAAGAUACUUCAAAAAUCCGACAUGACCGUUCUCACCCACAACGAGUGCCAGAAACUUCACAAACUCAAUGAGAUCGGCGAAGACAACAUUUGUGGCUUCAGAAACAGUUUUUCUGGAGUUUGCUCGGGCGACGACGGCAGUCCUCUGGUUUUCAAUGACACCUUAAUCGGAAUCGUGUCUUGGUACUAUCCCUGCGCGAUCGGAUUGCCGGACGUUUACACCGAAGUGCAUCACUACUAUGACUGGAUUUUGGAAGGCCUGAGCAGGGGUUUUUACAAUUCCAGAAGGAUUUAAGGCUACGGAAACUCUUGUCUUUGUUCUCUGACUCUGGAUUAAUAAAUUUUCAUCUCAUUAAACGAAAAAAAUAGCAAUUUUGAAUGAACAAUAUCAAUUUGCGUAAAGUGGGUGAAAAAAAUCGAAUCAAUGCGAUUAUCUCCGGUUUUAAAAACCUUGAAUUCACCUCAACUCGCGAAGAACGCAGUGUGAAACGCGCGAUGGAACAUCGCACUUCGAUUCACUCGUUUUCGGCAUUAUUCAGUCGCGUGUACGUGGCGCAAGCAAACAACUUGGUUGACCCGUGACGAGUCGAAGUGCUUCAACGUCACUCUACUCACGAUCGCCAUCAAUGUGAUUAUUCGGGGAGACCAAUAAUCAAAUUUUUAAUUAGAUGUUGUCAACGACAGAUACGAAGUUCAUCCGGUUCGAUGAUUUUACGAUCUUCAGCAUAAUAUUUCACCGAUAUUUUCCUUCCAAAUCGCUGAAUUAUGUGAAAGUGGUUUUCUCGUUAUGUAAAAUAUUCGCAAAAAGUCAUGAGCGCGCCAAAAAUAAAUUUUUUGACAAAUCGGUCGUCGCGACGUUGAAUUCUUAAUGGUUUUGUCCUCGAGCUCGUCGGUUGAGCAAUAUAUUCUGACAAAAUAAAUCGACGAUAACAGCUUCGGUGAUCGAUGGAAGAAACGGUCUCGAAAAUGCUUAAAAUUUGGUCAAAAUCGUAAUAAAAGUCGAACAAACAUUUGUCGCUAAUAACGUGAUUUUCAGGGACGGUAAUUUUCGUGAUAAUUUUCACAGGAAUUAUAACUGCGAACGACGAAUGCUAGUGAAGGAGGAGAAUCAGUCAAGCAACGUAAUAAUACGAUAUUUCAUGAUGCAACAGCACACGAGAGAAUUUCGUUGAUUCUCACGAGUGUAAUUUCCUCCGGGGAUUUUAUCUUUCGAGAAAUUGGGAUAAAUUGGAGAGCGCAGCAAUUGGCUGUACGCUUACUGGCUGCAUCCAAAGUAGCAUGUGCUCUCGAUCGUGCAGUUUCGGUACAUUGCAGCCUUAAUUCGUAAAAUCUUCGUAUAAAAUAUUGAGAAGAGAAAGCCGACGAUCAUUCCCGAAUAAGGUGCAAACUGACGUGAACGCGAUGCACGUUAUUCAUCCUCGAGCAUCAGAUAAAAAUGGCAGCGUUUAUUCCUCGUGGACUGCGUGUACAAUUCGAUGGCAGAAAAGCAUCAAAUCGACAGCUGUUUACAAAAGUUUCGAGCCUGGAAGAAAAAUGUGCGGCGUACUUUACGACGGAGAAAACGGCAGUGAAUAAAAAUUCAUAAAUGCUUAUUAUGCUUUAUUGUUUUUUCCCUCAACCGCGUUCCAUGAAUAAUUUAU